GACCGGAUGUUUUUAUAUUCUGACGUCCGACUUGACUAAUGCCGGCAAAGCAGGAAACUAAACAAAAAAGUCUUAUUUGAACGAUCUUACGUGUCAUUUCCAGAGUUUCAGUAAUUCACGAGUCUGUGGAACACCUGGUGAAUAAAUCUCCCGGCUUAUUCUGGUCUUGGUAUUGAUGAGCAGCUGGUGCCUUGGUAACGGAAGCUAACAGCAGAAGCAUGAAGGCUUUGAUCCUGGUUGGGGGUUAUGGGACCCGACUGCGACCACUCACCCUGAGUGUCCCCAAGCCACUGGUGGAGUUCUGCAAUAAACCCAUUCUGCUGCACCAGGUGGAGGCGCUGGUCAAGGCUGGUGUGGACCAUGUGGUUCUGGCUGUCAGCUACAUGUCAGACCUGCUGGAGCGAGAGAUGCGAGUCCAGGAGAAGAGACUUGGAAUUCGUAUCUCACUGUCUCAUGAGAAGGAGCCUCUUGGAACAGCGGGUCCUCUGGCGUUGGCUCGGGAGCUGCUAAAUGUUGACAACGAGCCGUUCUUCGUCCUCAAUUCAGAUGUCAUCUGUGAUUUUCCCUUUCAAGACCUGCUGCAGUUUCAUCGCAACCAUGGGAAGGAGGGAACCAUUGUGGUAACGAGGGUGGAGGAACCCUCUAAGUACGGCGUGGUGGUGUUUGAGCCGGACAGUGGGAGGAUUCAUCGCUUUGUCGAGAAACCACAGGUCUUUGUCUCCAACAAGAUUAACGCUGGCAUGUACAUCUUCAAUCCCAGCAUGCUCAGCAGGAUCCAGUUGCGACCAACAUCCAUAGAGAAGGAAAUCUUUCCUGUCAUGGCAGGGGAAGGACAUCUGUAUGCGAUGGAGCUACAGGGUUUCUGGAUGGACAUCGGCCAACCCAAAGACUUCUUGACAGGGAUGUGCAUGUACCUUCAGUCGCUCAGACAACACGCCCCUGAGAGGCUGCACACAGGGCCUGCUUUUCUUGGCAAUGUGCUGGUGGACCCGACUGCUCAUAUCGGGGAGAACUGCACCAUCGGCCCCAACGUGACCAUCGGCGCUGGCGUGGUUGUGGAGGAUGGUGUGAGAAUAAAGCGCUGCACGGUGCUGAAAGGAGCACGGGUGCGGUCGCACUCCUGGUUGGAGAGCUGCAUCGUGGGGUGGAGCUCCUCUGUUGGCCAGUGGGUGCGUAUGGAGAACGUGACUGUGUUGGGGGAGGAUGUGAUCGUCAACGACGAGCUUUACCUGAAUGGCGCCAACGUCCUGCCUCACAAAUCCAUCAACGAGUCAGUCCCAGAGCCACGAAUCAUCAUGUAGCAUCGAGGAGAGAAGCUCAGCGCCUUUUAAUGCGAACUCAAGUUAAAGCCCAAACUGUGCCACAGGGAGAGAGCGGCGCACAGAUGGGUGAGGAGGGGGGAGGAGAGAAAAACGAGCAGAGCAGCCUUUUUGGCUCUUUUCUAUUAAUUUGGACUUUCUAGCCCUGCUUGGCUGCACUAAAUCAUCUAGAGAUAAUGACCAUGUGAUCUGUACAAAUGCAGCCUGGUUGUUCAGGGUCGUUUCAACUGUCAGAUAGAAGCUUGUGCACUAAUGAGGAAGACGUUAAAUGUGUCGUGUGAAGGCUGCAUUAGUUGAGUCUGAUGUUCCUGGACUGCUGGCACCUCAAAUGCUGGACAGGCAUGAAGACGCUUCUUUAGACCCACUAUGCAUUUACAGCUCAGAUCAGGCACCGACGUUUCCCCAGAGCUCAUGGACAUGAGUGUAAACAUGGAGUAGAUCUGUUUAUCUUUUAUCGUCUUUUCUGUACAUAUUUGUGUAAAUGCAUUGCCAUAAUUAUACAUCUAUGAAACGACUGUCUCCCUUUCAGCAUGGGGGAUUUUAAAAUGAUGAAAAGUGGAAUAUUCAUUUUACCCCUUUUUGUACGACUGUUUACACACAUGUCCAUGAGCUCAGUGAAAUGAUCGUCCUACACUUGCCUGCAUUUGUCUCGGUGUAGCAGAACCAAACCAGCAGUAAACAAGUUGCAGUAUGAUUUAUAGUUGAGGCUCAGAGUCAAACUGUUAAACAUCUUUUGAAGUUAAACGGAGAAAGAAUUUCUCUUUUCCAGGUCCAGAACCACUUUUCACUUCCUCCAAUGAAUGUAGAUCCAGUGUUUGUGUUUCUGCUCUUUCCUGAGACAAAUAUCUGGCUUUUAGAUUUUGUUUUUUUCGCCUGUUGAUGUUGGUCUGCUGUAAAUAGCUUUUUACUGUUGCUAGACAUUAGCAGAACUGAAUUUGUGUAAUGGAAAAGCAAAAUGAGUUAAGGAUGAGUCUGAAUCUGGAGCUGCAGAGACAUAUUUUACACCAUAUUUAAGAACUGGAUACAGUUUGAUUCAGAGUUACUGAGCAGCAGCCUCAUUCUGUCUUAGAGCUCGUUCAAUCUUGUCUCGUUGCCUUUUUUAAGCUAACAGGUUUCAUAGUCAUUUAAUUAUGGCAGCUUUAAUGACAAACCAUAAACAUGAACAAACUCUUUCUGUGGCACAUUAUACAACAGCACUGGGAAUAAUUUAAACGUAUUUCAAACAUUUCUUCAUCGUUGUAUCUUCUACGUUGGACCUUUGGCUAAAUGUGACUUUGUGGCUGAUGAACCAGGAGAUUCAGACCCUCGACACUGAUCAAACAAAAUGUAGUGGCUCCGAGGUUGUUCCACAGUUACUGAUGAACACUAUGACACUGAAUAUGAAAAGUGAAGACAAUUCUUGUAAUGAAGUCUUUUUAAAAAAGAAUGUUAUAAAAUCUACUGACCACAUUCA